UUAAGCACGCCAAAUACCGACUGAUGGUCAUAAUAAGUUGUAUUUUCUUAUUUGAUUUGUUAUUAGUGCUCAAGUGUUGGUCAGGUUAGGUUGGGUUAUAAUUUGUCUAAUUAAAAUCGCACAACUAUUAACUGUUAAAAAUAAAAUCAACCUUUUUAUCUGUAGCACAUUAUUUUGAAUUAUUUAAGUUGUUAGAUUACACACGCUGUAUUUAUAAUUGUUACUCGAAUCUCGUCUGAAGAACGCAUCUGCUGUUAGGAUCGUGUGAUAUACGAUACGAGGAAGUAAAAAUAUUCGUGGAAUAUCAAGAGUCAUAUUAUAUGACAAAAAACCAGAUAAAAUCUGUAAUCGCAUAGCAAUUCUCGAUAAAGAAAAACGUCAUAGUACAUCAUACAUUCUUCAUGUUUGAUAAAAAAAAGAUAAUACUGAUUUUACUGUAUCCUCUUCACUGUACCGGUGAGGAUUAACAAAAUGAAAAAGGGAACAUGAGUAAAGAUGAGCAAUCAUGCGUGAUUCAGCGGUCGACGAUGCACGGAGCCGAAAGCAACACGAUUGAGAGAGGAGCGGUUGAGCCGCGUGGUUCUUAGUUCCGGGAAUCCAUAUUUCGCCAAUCGAGUAUCCGGUCGCCGUGCUUUGCCUUGCCUGGUUCUAGAUCUCGCCUCGAUUUCGUUUCAUUCACACCAGCAACGACUGAAUCGAAACAUCGGCUCGCGUUAAUACAUCGACGUGUCGCGAGUAAGAAAACUAGUUGCGCGAUCAAACAGGUGCAAUUAGAUAUUCGCCUAGGUAUUCGUAGUGACAAAUGGAAUUUGCGUUAUAUAAGUUUAGAAAGAAUAUAUUUUGUAUUGUGCGUAAUUGUAUGCGCGGCAUCGAUGUGAACGAAAAUAUUAUAAAACAAAGUGAUUAAAAAUGGUGCGAAAAAGGACGAGCGACUGAAUUUAUAUCGAUUAAGUGUGUCAAUGGUAUGUGGAAAUAUGUUACGUUAGCUCAAGCUUAAUAAGAUGUUAAAUACAGUUUUACUUCACAUAUACAGAAGAUUCGUUUUCGGUGAGUCAUAACUAGCCGGUAAACUGGCCAACAAUUGGCCUAACCAAUAACGACUAAUCUUCGAUAUCGAACUUCGAAGUAAAAUGGCAACAACGAAUUACGGAAUUACGUAGGAAAAUUGAAAGUAUAUUUCAUUUUGAGUUAUGGAGAUUUUUCAAAGCUCGGAUACCGUGCAGUGUCGAGUAUCCGCCGAUUUAAAAUCGAGCUCGGAAUCAGAAUCGGAAUCAAGGCGAAAAGAUAAUAAAAAGACGCAAGCAUUUUCGAGCUGCAAACGAUUUCGUUGGACGCAUACAGAAGCGCGCAUAAUAGAUAACGUUGAACGCGAAAUCGUAUCGGAGAACAAUAAAGAUAGCGACGAUUCCAACAAUGAAGAUUCCGAUGACCCCCACGUGGAAUCCGAACGGAUUAUGGUGCCAUCCGAUCCGUCGGAGUGGAACUCGGAUCACAUAUCCUCGUGGAUUUCAUGGUGCAGUCGGACAUUCUCUAUAAAAUCAAAACCGAUCGCCGCGAUACUUCCACCGACUGGAAAGGAAUUGCUCAAACUAUCUCUACAAGAUUGGCAAGAUAUUUGUGGCUCGACGGAAGGAUGCAUUUUGGCGCGACACUUAGGACACCUCCGUCUACAGGCGACUGGCGUUCACACUCCCGAUUUAUUGCAAGAAAACAAGGAUAGUAGAAAACAAGCUGAGAGGUUCAGCCUCCUACAACGGACUUGCUCGCUCAUUGGAUCGACGGCUGGAGCCGGCGGCUCGGGGGCGGUCGGAGGCGGACAGGUUCAACUCUGGCAAUUCCUGCUGGAGCUGCUCUCGGAUUCAUCUAACUCGUCCUGUAUCGCGUGGGAGGGCUCGAAUGGAGAAUUCAAGCUUACCGAUCCGGACGAAGUCGCGCGUCGAUGGGGCGAACGCAAGAGCAAACCCAACAUGAAUUACGACAAGCUAUCGCGCGCGUUAAGAUAUUACUACGACAAGAAUAUAAUGACGAAAGUUCACGGCAAACGUUACGCUUACAAGUUCGAUUUUCAUGGUUUGAUGAUGGCUUGUCAGUCGCAAGCCGGCAUUGUACUAGAAGCGUCAACGUCGUCGCGUGUAACAAACGUGACUUGCCAUCCUCAUCAUCAAGCUCAUCGUACUCACCGUUUAUAUCCAGUGAGCUCAUCAUCUACGCAGCACUCCGUACAGUCGUCCUUGCAAUCAUCACCGUCCACUCAACAACCGCCGCCGCAACCGCCGCCGCCGCCACCGCCGUCGUCAUUACCACCACCGCCGCCACCACCACCGCCACAUUAUUGUUGGCCAUAUCAUCGAUAUUCACCGCCUACAUAACAUAGUUUUCAAUUAUCUGUGCGACUACAUCGACUGACAUCAGCUAUUUAUUAGAGAUAAAUCAUGACAAUUGAUAGUAUUAAAAAUUAACAAUAUAACAUCGAGGAAGUGCAAAAUAUUUUAGACAUUUAAAAUGUCACAACCUUUUAACAAUAUUCUACAAUCAUAAACGCACUAACUGUGCUUCAAACGCGCGUAAGCAUUUGUAAAUAUGUCAGUACUGUAAGUAAUAUAGCAUGUUCUCUUUCUUUAUUAUUACUAUUACUGCCGAUUACUAAUAGAA